GCACUAUCCUAAAACCUCCUUCACCAUCGUGACCGACACGCCUGAGAAUCUGCGUCUCAAACAACAGACCAUGCUCAACAGCCAGGCUUUUUACAAAGAGGAGUUUGAAAAGAACAAGGGGAAAGGUUUCAGCGUGGUGGCUGACACCCCGGAGCUGCAGAGACUGAAGAAGACUCAGGACCAGAUCAGUAACAUAAAGUACCACGAAGAGUUCGAGAAGAGCAAGGUUCGAAGCGACGCCCCUCCUCCUGAAAACAGACAAGAAGGAGAAGCGUCGAACCCUGAGAGGUUCAGUCAGCCUGCAGGACAAACUCGCCCUGCAGCUGUGGCUCCGACUGCUGGAGGGAGGCACUUCCAGGCUCUGUACAGCUACACGGCAGCCGAAGCAGACGAAGUCUCUCUGCAGGAAGGCGAUGUGAUCUUAGACGUGGAGCAGAUCGACGAGGGAUGGGUGUUCGGGUGCAACCAGCGCACKGGGAAGCGGGGCAUGCUCCCGGCCAACUACGUCCGACCAGUUUGAGACAAAAGGAAAACGGCCAAAAUGUCCACUUCCUGUUCAUUGGAUCCAAAUGAUCUKUUACAAAUUAAAAAUGCCAAAUAACUGAA